AUGGCUAGUCUCUGGUCUGGUGGCAAGCAAACCUACCAUACGACGCAUGCGCAGUUUAAUUCCAACAAAGCUAUCAUAUUUUUUAACUACUACCAUGUCAGAGAAAGGCGAAGUUGAUUUAACUGGUGCCAAGCUAAACACGGGCGUCUGGCUUGUCAAGGUUCCUAAGUACCUCGCUCAGCAAUGGGCAAAAGCCACUGGAAAAGGCGAAGUUGGGAAACUCAGAAUAUCCAAGAAAGGAAACCAAGGAAAGCCAGAGGUGUCUUUUACAUUAAAUGAAGAGUUGACGGUGAUUGAGGGUAUAGAAGACAAGACAGUGUCUGCACCUCGGGAGCACCCACUAACCAUGCAGACGGUGGGAGGUCAGACUUUGGCGGUUUUCACAGAGAUGUCAUCGGGCCAGUCAGAAGAGAGAUCUGAUGGUGGCAGCUCAGGUUCGGGGGCAGGGUCUGGUCCAGAUAAAAUUGCUUUGGAAGGAGUGGUGGUACAGAGAGCGGAGUGCAGGCCUGCUGUUAGCGAAAGCUAUAUGAAGCUUAAGAGGUUACAAAUUGAAGAGUCCUCCAAGCCAGUCCGGCUGUCACAGCAGUUGGCUAAAGCAGUCACCAACAACUACAAACCUGUGGCUAACCAUGCAUACAAUAUGGAGUAUGAGAGGAAAAAGAAGGAGGAGGGCAAGCGAGCUCGAGCCGACAAACAGCAUGUGUUGGACAUGUUGUUUUCUGCUUUUGAGAAGCACCAAUACUACAACAUCAAAGACUUGGUUGAUAUCACUAAACAGCCCGUGAUUUAUUUGAAGGAAAUCCUGCGUGAUAUUGGUAUCUACAACGUGAAGGGGACACAUAAGAACACUUGGGAGCUAAAGCCUGAGUAUCGACAUUACCAAGGUGAGGAAAAGACAGACGAUUAGAGCAAUUUAACAUUGCAAUCUGGUCAGACGGCGGCUCCCUUCAAGACUGGCCUGUGUUUUAGCCUGCGGGCUCAAAAUGCAAUGGAUAUCAGGUUUUCUGGGUUUAGACUUUACUGGAUGAGGGUUUUUUUCCUCUAAAGUGUGCACAUAGUUUGGCCAAUUAAUUCCUUGACUUAUUUGUAACAUGUUGGAGACAUUGUUUUAGCAGUAUAUUUUGGAACAGGCAUGGCUGCCAAUAUAAUGUACAAGGAAGUGUUUUUUAUGGUUUUACAGUGCUGUCAUUUUUUAGCUAUGCAUUUCAUGUCAACCAAUGCUGAAAUGUUUAACUGUUUCAUGUUGGAAUAACGUGCAAUAAAUUUGCUUUGGAUUCCAUUUCUUUGUUUCCAAUUAUAAAUCUACCAGGGGAAAUUAACUU